AUGCCGGCCAGAACCAUGCAGGACUGUCCACGGGAGCUGCAGUUAGCUAUCUUUACCUUGUUGCCCUCGGGUGACCUCCUCUCUUUGAGCCUGGUUAGCAAAAACCUUCACGGCUUCGUUGAGCCGCUUCUCGUCGCCGACAUCCAUCUCGAAUGGAAAAAACAACCAGAUCACAAACUGCCGCCCGUUGCUGCAUUGCUCCGGACCCUCCUCGAAAGGCCUUAUCUCGGCCAGCACUGCCUUAAACUGCGGCUUACUGGCAUGGGCUUCAAGACACACCCCCGUGGUACCGAUGAGGAGCCCCCAGCACUGCCCGUUUCUGUACUUCCCUUGCCCGCGGCGGCUGAGCAUAUACGAGUGAUUGAAGCACCCGGCGCUGACAAUUGGUUGGAGGAGCUACAAGCUGGCGCAGUCGAUGCAUUGGUGGCCCUGCUUAUUUCCAUGCUUCCGAAUUUAAUUUCUCUCGAACUCGGACCUAAUUUCACGCUUGAGAGUGCCUGUCUUGGCAAGUUUCUUCGUCAUGCCACUACCUGCGUCGGAAACAGAAGCAGAUGGUUACCCAAGUUCCCCUCUCUGAAACACGUUGUUUUCGCCGGUAGGACCAACGAGUUCCGUCACUGCGAUUUCAAUAAUGCCGCGGACGUUCUUCCGUUCUUCUAUCUGCCGUCUCUCCAAACCAUGUCCGUUUCAAUCGACAAUCCCGUCACUUGGACCUGGCCGCAUUCAGAUAGCGCUAUGCCUCUUUUAACAUCCUCUCUGACAUCCCUCGAGCUGUUCAGAUUGCGUGAGACUCGGCUAGAACACCUGCUUACGCCACUCAAGUCGCUGAAGAAGUUGCACUGGCAUUGGUUCUACCAGGAGCACUUGGAUAGCCACGCCAGCACGGACAUCGUUGCGCUAGAUGUAAUGGCCCAUGCUCUGUGCCAAGUCCAUGGUACAUUGAUGGAAUUAACCAUUGAGGCUGACACAGAGGCUAACGAGCUCUACGGAGAGUAUGAGGAUCCCGACGUGCAGACUCGGGGAUCACUGCGUGGCCUCGCGCAGCUUGCGCAACUCAAACUCCUGCGCAUCCCUUGGGCUUUCCUGAUUGGAUUAUCACCGGAAGAAGCGCCGGGAAAGAUAACGCACCUGGGAGCAUCGCUCCCCUCCGGGCUCGAGGUGCUCGUACUAACGGGCGAACUGCUCUCUGUUGAGAAUUUUGACUGGCACGAUGGUGUUAUUGUUGGAGCUAUGGAUCUUCUGCUUGCUGAGGAACAAGCGUCGCUGCGGCUCCCACCCAACUUGAAGCGGAUUAUCUUGCCCUUGCCGCUAUACGUUGGCACUCUCUUACCGGAGCUGCAGACUAGGAUUGAUGAAUUAAGUGCCCAGUCUGGAAUCAAGUUGGAGUUGGAGAACAUUGGUGAAGAUGGGUCGAUAGAUGAGUAG